AUGACGAUCAUCGAACUAGCCCGCAUCAGCCUGAAAAAUGGAGUCACGGCCACGGACGCGACGCUCAAGCAGAACCUCAAAGAAGUCAAGCGCGUGAUCGAAGAGUACAGCAAGCUGACCACGCUGUUCUACACGCAGAUCGACGACGCCACGAGCAUGUUCGUCAUCGGCGCCUGGGAGACCAAGGACCAACACCAGCGCGGGUUCGACGGGUCGGCGCAGCAGGGCGAGAUCUUGAAGCUGGUCGAGGACCAGAUGGACAUCGACUGGAUGCACUACAUGGACAUCGAACAGCAUCGGAUCCCCCUGGACGCCCCGGUGCUGAUGGUGCUCAAGGCGGUGUUGGCUCGCCAUGUGCAUCGUCUGGCCGUCGACAACGAGUUCGCAGAGGGCACGGCUACCUUGGGCGGAGCGAGGUACGGCGCCGUGUCGGCGUGGAACAUCCCCAAGGAUCACAAGGAACACGCGGUCCGUGUGCAUUUCUCGGGCUGGGACACCACCGACGAAGCCGUAGAGAGCGUGGCGAGCAUCAUUGCGGCGGGAAGGGGUGAUGGAUUCGUCGAACACACGCUCGAGUCGAUGCUGUUUCUCAUGAAGAGAACAGAGUUGGAUUGA